UUCGGAAGCAGCGGGUGGCAGUUCCGUGAAUAGAUGGUUAGCGGAUGGCAUAAAAUGUAAGCAUCAGCUGAUAUAUAGCGAUUCCACCACCAGAUGCGAUACACGCAGGCGAGGGAGGAGGUCUCCUAGGAAGAGUCGCCAUCGCCGGAGAUGUGCCCGAAGCCGACGAACUCGGGCGCCGCUGGCUCCCCAGCGGACGGAAAGAAGCCCUACGAUUGGCGCCAGGAGGUCAUCGACAGCGGAUCCCUCCGCCGCGUGGACCUCCACACAGGAUCCAACGGAUGGGCGUCGCCCCCCGGCGAUCUCUUCGCCCUCCGCGGCCGCCAGUAUUUCUCCCACCGCCAGAAGGCCCCAUCUGGAGACUGGCUGCUCAAUCCUGCCGGCGUCGAUUGGCUCCGCUCCCCCUCGCGCCUCGACAACGUCCUUGGCCGAUCGGACAACCGCGUCGCUGCCGCCCUCCGCCGCGCCCGAGCCCUCGGCCGCGCGCAGAAGACCUUCCUGUUCGCCGUCAACCUCCAGGUCCCCGGCGGCCGCGAAUGCCACUCCGCUGUCUUCUACUUCGCAGCCGAGGACACGAUCCCGCCCGGUUCCCUGUUCUACCGCUUCGUCCAUGGCGAUGACGAGUUCCGGAACGCCCGGUUCAAGAUCGUGAACCGGAUCGUGAAGGGCCCGUGGAUCGUGAAGACCGCCGUUGGAAACUACGCCGCCUGCCUCCUGGGGAAGGCGCUCACCUGCAACUACCACCGUGGGGAGAACUACCUGGAGAUCGACGUCGACAUCGAGAGCUCGUCCAUCGCCAAGGCGAUCCUUCGCCUCGCCCUGGGCUACGUGACGGCGGUGACGAUCGACAUGGGGUUCCUGGUGGAGGCGCAGGCGGAAGAGGAGUUGCCCGAACGGCUGCUGGGGGCUGUGAGGGUGGUACAGAUGGAGAUGGGGUCGGCCACCUAUGUGGACACCAGAACCAAGGCGGCAGAGUCCACCAGAGGCAGUGGCUUCCGGGGCUUGGCCAAGGUCAAUCACCACCACCACCAGAGCACACAUUCAGGCUGCGGCGGCAAUGCGAGAAGUCGCGAGGAUGAAGGUUAGGGGUUCCCCUCUUUGUUCUUUGUUGGAAAGAUGCCAUCUUUAUCUGCUGUGUGAAUAAAAUCGAGAUAAUUGUAGCUAAUUGCCUUCCAUUUUGGGGAAAAAGGAUUGGUCGAUGGAAAGCAAUCGAGGAGGGUAUGUCCAGUAUAAUUUGCAUUUGCUACUAUGACUGCUUUCUCGUCGAUGAUGGAAGUGGACAAAUCCAUGGUUAUUUAGUCAUUAAAUAUUUGGAUACAACAGUGCUCAA